UUGUCCGGGGCAGCGGGGGACGAUGGCGGCGGUGGCGGCGGAGGGCCGGCGGGUGCUGGUGUACGGGGGCCGAGGGGCCCUGGGCACCCAGUGCGUGCACUACUUCAAAGCCAAAAACUGGUGGGUCGCUAGCAUCGACGUGGUCGAAAAUGAAGAAGCCCACGCCAGUGUCAUCGUCAAAAUGACAGACUCCUUCACCGAACAAGCAGCUCAGGUGACGGUGGAUGUGGACAAGCUUUUAGGCGAGCGGAAGGUGGAUGCCAUCCUCUGUGUGGCCGGUGGCUGGGCCGGAGGCAGUGCCAAGGCGAAAUCUCUGUUCAAAAACUGUGACCUGAUGUGGAAGCAGAGCAUGUGGACCUCAACGAUCUCUAGCCACCUCGCCACCAAGCACCUGAAGGAAGGGGGUCUCCUGACGUUGGCCGGGGCCAAGGCCGCUUUGGAUGGCACCCCAGGCAUGAUUGGAUAUGGCAUGGCCAAGGGAGCGGUACAUCAACUCUGCCAAAGCCUCGCUGGGAAUAACAGUGGUUUGCCGCCCGGUUCUGCGGCUAUUGCUGUCUUACCGGUGACUCUGGAUACGCCGAUGAACAGGAAAUCAAUGCCUGAUGCAGACUUCAGCUCCUGGACCCCUCUGGAAUUCCUGGUCGAAACGUUUUAUGACUGGAUCGUGGGAAAAAACAGACCAAGCUCAGGAAGUCUAAUCCAGGUGGUGACCACGGGAGGAAAGACUGAAUUAAUACCAGCUUAUUUCUAAAUUCUGUCUCUCGCUUGCCCGGCAAGAGCUCAGAAGGAGAUGAAAAAAUCUCAGCCCAUCAGUCAAGUCUGACUAUAGUUCUCUGUUUUAGUGGUCCUUGAUUCUUAUUAAUGAAAUGGAAUUGUGAGUAAUGUUGCUGUUGGUCGAUGUGUGCAAGCUUUCGUGGCUGAGCGUAAAAUGUUUAUUCUAAAUAGAUUAGGGUUGCAAAGGGGAAAAUUUACCAAUAGUAUUUAAUAAUAAACAUCUCAAUUUCAUCACGAGCUGUGGAGAUCUCUGGGUUACUAUCGUCUCCAGUUAUUAUCACAAUGCCAUUUUUUCGGGGUUGGGUAGGGGCACCCCUGAUAUUUUUUUCAGCGUUCAUUUGGAUUAUUUCAGUUCACUCGGUUCUGCCGUUAAGAUUGUUUCCCGUCAGCUAUCGGGGAAUGAAGGAGUGUUUGUCCAGAAAGGUGAGCCCGUUUGGAUGCGGAGCGCUGCAGCGUUGGAAGCAGGAAUGUGUGCGCAAGCACAUGGCAACGGCCACGGGGAGUUUUUACCGUACGCUAGGUUUUAUAAGAACACAACCCCCUGCGCUAUCUGAGAACUAGAUGUGUCUUGUCUUUUGCGCAGGAGUUGCUCGUUAGCAAAUGUUUGGGUAAUUGGAUUCAUCUUUGCAGCCCUAAAUUAAAAUGCCUUAAAUGUCCCGUGUGGUGUGGGAGAAGGUUCGUCUCGAUGACUGUUUGGUAUAAAUGUUGUCUGUAAUUGCUGAUGGCGCUUUCUAAGAGCAAAUGUUCUCAACAUUCACACUUGGAACUGUGAUAUGGAGAUUUUGAAUCUCAAUAAAUGUUGUUUCAUUUA